AUGUCUACGAACAUACGAUACCCCUAUGACCAACCUUCCUUCCAAAACACCGACUUUCGACCGCUCAUCCUCCCUCAGAUUGCCUUUGGAGCAGGAGAGCCCUUCUUACGAGGAUAUAGCUCUGAGAUCAGCAAAUAUGGAAUCUCGCGCGAUCAAUUCCUUCGGGUCGUGGAUGAGAUCAACGUCGCCCGUACGCCCAACCCGGAAGCACAAUUAUUCCAAAAGGGAGCUAACAUUGCUGGGUGGUUCGUACCCGGCGCUGCCAGUAUUGGGCUUAUUGCAGGUCAAAUCGGCGUUGGUGUUGCUACAGCGUUCGGCCAUGCAUCAAUACUUUCCAAGGCGUUGUCAAAUGCCAACAUGGAACUAUUCACAUCCAAUGGACUUGAGAUAUGUAUUGUCAUGACCCAAGACCUCAACAUGGAACUGGGCAUCUCGUCUUAUGAACUACGUGACAUGCCGUAUAACAUGUCGCCAGUGGAUAGGUUGAACGCUUACGGACCACGAGUUGCCUUUGUGAACGAGAUCCUACCAGAUCGACCAGACAUGGGCCGACAAGAUCCUCUUGCCAUGGCUGGUCGAGCACUCAACAAACGGUCGAAUAAGAGGAAGGCCCAAGACGCGCAGGAGAAGCUAGACAAAGGCGAGAGGAAGGACAAGGGAAAACGACGACUUUUUAAGUCGUAUGAUGACAUUGAGUGGCUUGUGGUGAAGCUAGCACCUCCUAUGAGCGCUGGACAAUUGUAUUGA